AUGUCUCAAUCUAGAGGCAAUUCUCUAACCCCCAAUGAUCCUGAUGCGAUGGCUGCGCAAUUGCUAGCGCAAUUUCAGAGAUCAUCCUCUCGCACGACCCCUGCCAUCCCACCGAAGAGUACCGAAAAUACUCUUCAGCCAGUGCAGCAGAUCACUGGAAACUCAGAAGAACCAAUAAUGUCUUUUGAGAUUGUUGUCCCAGCGGCUAAGAACCCUGAGGACUAUGAGUACUUGCCUGGUCACUUCGAAGUCCACCGCAUUCUUGCGGUUGAUAUGCAUGAGCCAAAGCUCAUUGUGAGACUGAAAAGUGGUGAAUGUAAAACCGUGACCCUCAAUGAGUUGAAGAGCCUCAAGAACGGAAGGGAGGCUCUACGUGAAUUCAACCGCGACUCACAGAGUCCUGAUCCUCUGGCAAUGGACCACAAAACUAUUUCACAUCUCAUUUACCCUGGUGGAGAUGGUCCUGCAGACUAUGAUUCAGAUAUGGAUUGGGGGAUUGCACGAAGACGCCAACGGCGUGGGCCAUCGAUCUCAUACGAUCAGUUCUUUCGCACUGAUGAUGAAGAUGGACAGGACAACAAUCAAAGUCGCGAUGGAGAGACCAGCAGUGUGCAUAUUGAAGAGUCCAGCGAUGAGGAUUCAGAUGAUCCUCCAACCAAACGCCGCCAUCUCAGGAGAGGCGUGCAGAAGAAGGGCCAAAAGCAACGUACUCACGAAUUAUCUGAACAGUCAGAACAGUCUGAGUCUUCUGACUCCAACACAGGCAAGCGCACAUCAUCUCGCCUGCGACAAACACGACGACGCAACAUGAAAGAGCGACUUGAAGAUGACGAAUUUUCUGAGCGAGAAAUUGAACCACCCAAGCAACAAAAGUUCUCAGGUGCAAGGGAACAAUUCCGUGUACUACCAGAUGACAAUGAGUUCAGACUGUGUCAUUCCCAGUCAUGUGCCCAAUGCGGCUAUGAAGAUCGCGACCUUGAAAAUGGGGCUUUGGUGUUUUGUCAAGGUUGUACUGUGUCGUACCAUCAAGGUUGUCUUGGCGAUCGAAGCAGCCGAAAGCAUUUAGUCACCAAGGUUGAUGAUGCGGAUUUCAUUCUUCAAUGCAGUUGGUGCUUGGGGAUCAAGCACCAAGAGCAUGAUAUGAAGCCUCAUUUGGGCCACUGUGCCGUGUGCAGAGAGGAAGGACCCAUGUCACAGCCUUUGCGAGAGACUCUUUCUUCCCAGAUCGAACAGCAAUUGCGGGAAGCCAAUGAUGGCAUCGAUCCGAUUACCUCCGUGGAUAUUUCCCGUGUCAAUAAUGUCGACAAUGUCCUCAUCAGAUGCAUUGGUAGCCGUCAUGGCUGCAAGCGAGCCUUCCAUAUUCAGCAUCUACCAGACAUGGCAGAGAAGGACCGUGCCGACAUUGAUCUUGAUUGCUGGAAAUGCAAUGAUUGCUCUGCAUCUCCUCCCGGCACCAACCCAAUCCAUGCGAUCGUUGCCUGGAGACCGAAGAACCCCGAAAUCAAAGUUGUCCCUGGGUUGGUUGAGGUGCUCCCAGAAAUCGAGAAAGAAUAUCUCAUCAAAUGGCACAAUAUGUCUUACUUCCGUGUCACCUGGUUAAUUGGAGACUGGGUCUGGUCCAAGGCUCCAGCCAUGCAGAUGAAGUCGUUCCUCAAGUCAGACAGAUCCACGAAGCCAAUCAUGACAACGGUCGAGGCAGUUCUUGAAGACAAUCUGCGAGUGGACAUCAUUUUUGAUGUGGAAUAUCACAACGAACCUGAAUUACAGGAGGAUCGAGCAAACCCCGAGAUGGUUAAGCGGGCAUAUGUCAAGUACAAAGGGUUGACAUACGAAGACUCAGUCUGGGAAGAUCCUCCAAGUCAGACUGACACUGGUCGUUGGGAAGAUUUCAAGGCUGCUCUUAUUGACAGGGUGCUUCGAGAAGACAUCCACCCCCCGAGGCCGAAAGAUCUUCAAACGCGUCUUCGUCAUACCCGCAGAGAGGAGUUCGAUCAGAGCCUUAUUCUGACCUCUCAGCCUACAUUGGUGACAGGGGGUGAGCUCAUGGAGUAUCAGAUGGAUGGCGUGAACUGGCUGCUUUACAUGUUCUUCAUGCAGAAGAACGCUAUUCUUGCUGACGAUAUGGGCCUUGGAAAGACAAUCCAGGUUAUCACCACCUUUGCAGCAUUGAUUGAAAAGCUGGAUUGUUUCCCAUUCUUGGUCGUUGUUCCAAACGCGACUGUGCAGAACUGGCGCAGAGAGAUUAAGCACUGGUCGCCGGACAUCCGGGUUGUCACAUAUUAUGGCAGUGCUUCCGCUCGCGAGAUGGCUAGGAAGUACGAGAUGUUUCACAGGAAUGGUACUCUGUGUUGUCAUGUGGUCAUCGCUUCGUACGAGAGCAUGUCCGAUGAUAGCGCUAAGCGAGUCUUGUCCACUGUCAAUUGGGCCGGCUUGGUGGUUGAUGAAGGUCAGCGCCUCAAGAAUGACAAGACCCAACUUUAUGAGCGUCUUCGUCGCAUGAAUUUCGGUUUCAAGUUGCUACUCACUGGCACGCCGCUUCAGAACAAUAUCAGAGAAUUGUUCAAUCUAAUUCAAUUCAUCGAUCCAGAUCAUAAUGCCGAGGAAUUGGAGAUGCAAUACGGAGGAGUCCUCGGCAAGGAAGAAAUUACCGAGCUUCACGACAUGAUUCGGCCAUUCCUCCUGCGUCGAACGAAGGCAGAGGUCCUGCCAUUCCUUCCCCCGAUGGUGCAAAUCAUUAUCCCAAUUUCCAUGUCCGUUGUGCAGAAGAAACUGUACAAAUCAAUUCUUCAAAAGAACCCGCAGCUGAUCAAAGCCAUCUGUAAGAAGCAAACCGGGCAGUUGAAGAGAGCGGAGCGUCAUAAUCUGAACAAUAUCCUGAUGCAGCUGCGGAAGUGCCUGUGUCACCCAUUCAUUUACAACCGAGACAUCGAAGAACAAACUGUGGACCCUGAACUCUCUCAUCAGCGGUUGGUCGAAGCAUCUGGGAAGCUUCAGUUGCUGAACUUGAUGCUACCGCGACUUCAAGAGCGUGGACACCGAGUUCUCAUCUUUAGUCAAUUUUUAGAGAACCUCAACAUUGUUGAAGACUUCCUCGCUGGGUUGGGACUCCAGUACCGUCGCCUGGAUGGAGCGUUAUCUUCAAGAGAGAAACAACAGCAGAUCGAUCAGUUCAACGCGCCGGAUUCCCCGUUCUUUGCCUUCUUGCUUUCGACGCGGUCGGGUGGUGUUGGAAUCAACCUCGCCACUGCUGAUACAGUCAUCAUCAUGGACCCAGAUUUCAAUCCAAAGCAGGAUAUGCAAGCUCUGUCGCGUGCGCACCGAAUCGGGCAAAAGAACACAGUCCUUGUGUUCCACCUGGUAGUGCGCGCGUCAGUCGAGGAAAAAAUCAUGCAAAAGGGUAAAACCAAGAUGGCGCUUGAUCACGUACUUAUCGAUCGCAUUGAGGCCGACCAGGAUGAGGAAGACUUGGAGUCAAUCCUCAAGCAUGGUGCUCAGGCAUUAUUCGAUGAAGAUGACUCGGCGGACAUUACAUACGACAGCCAUUCCAUUGAUAGGUUGUUGGAUCGUAGCCAGGCAGAGCAGGCGGACCAAACUGCCGGCGAAGGAAGUUCACACCAGAAUGAGCAGGUGCAGUUCAAUUUCGCUCGGGUGUGGCAAAAGGAUCGUGAUAGCCUCGAAGAAGUGACCGAAACCGAAGACACACCUCUGGACGUUACGGCGUGGGAGAAGAUUCUGCAAGAGCGUGAGCGUGAAGCAUUGGAGGAGGCCAACCGUCAAUCUGAAGGUCUGGGUCGCGGUAAAAGAAAGCGCGGAGCACCCCGCUACAGUACCAUCAUCGAAGGUGUCGACGACGAUGAAAAUGCUAGCAAUGCCAGUAAUGCUAGUCCUGUCCGACAGCCGCCUAGCAAGAUGCGAAAGAGUGCGGACGACAAAGACUAUGAGUUCCAACAACCAGAGGAUGAUGGUGAUAACUCUGAGUCCGCACCUGAGCUAGAACCGGAUGACACUGGAGAUGAUGGCGACACGACCCUGUCUGAUCCCGGGAUGCGAAUUGACACCGCAGAUGAUGUCGUGGUUGGGUCCAGCGUGGACGCAGAAGAGCAAGCAGCCCGUGCCUUCCGCCGUGUUGAAUCCCCACGCCCAUUGCCUCCAAUGGGCACCUUCGAUGGUGCUCAAGAUGCUUUCCCUACCUGCGUGGCAUGCCAGCAAUGCCACCUCCCUAGCCGAUGCCCGCUCCACCUCGCCGGCGUCGAGUUCUGUGGCCUGUGCGGCCUGGCGCACUGGGGUGGCCGCCGUGCCUGCCCCCACCUGCAGUCACGGGUGCAGGUCACCCGGAUGCUCGAGGCGCUCGAGCAGAGCGCAGAGCCUCCCGCCCUCAUCUUGGGGGCGAAGAGAUACCUUCAAGGUGUCUUAAAGUCGGCCGCGCGCGCCGAGCGCGGCCGCAAGGCUGCCCUCUCCGCCUGA